AUGGACUUAAAUGUAUUGCUACUGGUGCUAGCGUAUACGACAAGAUGUCUGUGUGCGUUUGUAUCAACACCAACCAGCACAACCAGCAACGCUACGGAAAGACAUCGUCUAUACACAGAUCUCUUCGUGAAUCAGGGUUACAACUCUAAGAUUCAGCCAUUUACUAAUCGGCUUGAAAUGUUUGAUGUACACAUGACGUUUGUUCUUAAAACAAUAAUUAAUUUAGAUGAAAUAACAGAAACAUUGAAGACAUCAUCUUACAUGGUCAUUCAAUGGCACGAUGCAUUCUUAAAAUGGAAUAGAACAGAUUACGACUAUUUAUAUCUGACAUACUGGCCUCAGAACGAUGUUUGGAAGCCAGACAUAAUUCUGGCUAAUUCAGUAAGGCCCUACGGAAGUUUAGGAGGUGAAACUUUAAUGAUUGAAAACUAUUAUGAUGGCCUUAUAAGGUGGUACCCUCUAGAG